CUCCCCGGCAAGCCGAAACCUUCCCUCCCUCCCUCGCGCCGCCUGCCUCCGCCUCUUCGCCCUCGUCGACGCCGCCGCGUCGCCCCACCGGGAGGAAAGGGGGGUCGUGUCCUGACUCUGCCCCCCCCCCCCACACACACCUCCGCGAGUUUCUGUAGCUUUCCCCCCUCCGUUCCAAGGUGCGCCGCCCGGUUGGGCGGGGCGGGCCCUCGCGGCCCCGGCCGACGGCCAGAGUGCUCCUCUCCCAGCUCCGUGUCCCCCCAUGUUCCCCCCCGCGCCUUGCCGUUCUUUGCAAAACAAAGUCUGCAGUUAUCAUUUUGUUUUGAGUCCUAGAACUUUUGAAUGGAAUAUUCAUCAAGUGAAGGCGAUGAACUGGUUGAAAGUUACAUGGAUGUUGAGGACGAUACAGGCACCAGCAAUAUUGAUCAAGGAACAGGUAUGAUGCCUUCUGAGAUACAUGGCAUCGGUCCUUCUGAGGGGUCCAUGCUGUCUGUUGACAAUGGUCAGCUGAUGGCUGCUGAUGGGUUGGGCAAUAAUGAUGAGCCAUGCCUAGGCAUGGAGUUUGAGUCUGAUGGUGCUGCACGGGAAUUCUACAAUGCGUAUGCACUGUGCCUUGGGUUUGGCAUUCGCGUUGCCCGAUCACGCAGUGAGAGGAGGAAGGGUAUUGAAGUACUUAUUAUGAAGCGCUUUGUGUGCCUGAAAGAGGGACAUCACAAGAAGAAGGAUGCUGAAUCUAAUGACAAGAAAAAGAGGAAGCGGCUCUCUAUAAGGGAUGGCUGCCCAGCGAUGAUGGAAGUGGUGAGGAGGGGUCCAGAUAAAUGGGUCAUCACAAAGUUGGUCCUUGAGCAUACUCAUGUGAUUCUUAGUCCAGACAGGGUGCGCGAGGUCCAGCUCCGUCGCGCCUCUGGGAAGUGUGCAGAGCAUGAGAAUCAAUUGCAGGAGCUGCGCAGGAAUGUGUUUGGAGAUACAGAUGCACAAGGCCUUUUCAACUACUUGAAGAGAAUGCAGUCGGAGAACUCGGGUUUCUUCUACUCCAUACAGGUUGACAGUAAGAACUGUGUAACCAAUGCAGUUUGGGCUGAUGCUAGGGCGAGAAUGUCAUACACAUACUUUGGGGAUGCUGUUUAUUUUGACACUACUUAUAGUCAAAAUGAGGAUAUGUUGCCCUUUGCAGCUUUCACGGGUGUGAAUCACCAUGGUGAUAUGAUUCUUUUUGGUUGUGCACUUGUUUUGGAUAGGACAGAAUCUUCAUAUGCAUGGCUGUUUGAGACAUGGCUGACAGCAAUGGAUAAACGAUUGCCAUUUUCCUUUACAACUGAUGAAGGCAAAGCAAUUUCAGCAGCAGUUGCAAAAGUAUUUCCUCAGUGUUUCCAUCGUCUUUGUAGAUGGCGAAUUUUGUCUAGAUGCAAGAAGAAGUUGUCUGAUGUCUACAUGAGAUUUCCCAGUCUCCAUGACGAGCUUAGAAGAUGCAUCAACGAGUGUGAUACUGAGGCUGCUUUUGAUAUGUUCUGGGGCACUAUAAUUGACAAAUAUGACCUGAGGGAGAACAGUUGGCUGCAAUCAAUAUUUGACACAAGACACAAAUGGGUUCCUGCAUAUCUGACAAGCUCCUUCUUUGCAGAAUUGACAUUGACCCAUCGAGGAGAAACAGUCAGUAGGUUCUUUAGGAAUAACUUUAGUACACGAGUUCCCCUUGAUACAUUUAUCACUAGAUUUGACCAACACAUAGACAGUUUGUAUGUAAAUGAAACCCAGAAAGAUCUUGAUUCAUUUCAUCAUGAACGGCUCCUGAAAACCACUAUAGUUUUAGAAAAACAAGCAAGGGGCAUCUUCACCAAUGCUGCAUUUGAAAUAUUCCAAAUGGAGUUGAUUGAAGCAUUGCUGCAUUAUGCUGUUAAGGUUCAGCAAGAUGGACCUUACGCCAAGUACUAUGUUGACAGAGAUAAUCCUCCAACCAGGCACACUGUUUUCUAUAAUGUUGCCGAUAAGAAGGCUUGGUGCGAUUGCUGCAGGUAUGCUUUCUCAGCAAUAUUGUGCAGGCACGUGCUUGGAGUUUUCAUCUCAGCUGGCAUCGUCAUGCUUCCUGAGCCAUGCAUCAUGAAGCGAUGGACAAAGAGAGCAAAGACAGGGCCAGAAUUGAUUGGGCAUAAUCUUGAAAAUGGAAAUUGCCACACGGACUCUGCAACUUCAAGGUAUAAUGAUCUCAUUAGUUAUGCUAUGAAAUGUGCAGAGAAAGGAGCUGUAUCAGCAGGUUCCUUCAGAGUUGCAAAGGAAGUACUGCGGAAGGCCUUGAUGGAAAUCAAAUGUCUUGGAGAGAAACUGACCACCGAUGACCUGCAGCAGGUUGACAAUAGAUAAUAGUGGUUAUUUUGUGAAGCAAUUUGGGAGACUUUCGAAUAUCUUUACCAAAGGGAGAAAUGAGGUGUAAUUUUGAUGAGCCUACCUGCAGGCUUGCCAUCUUGACAUGCCAGUGGCCAAUCAACAUGUUUAACUUUAACCGUUCGUGUAGUACUAGUACGAAACAACCAAUGUACCAUCGUACUCUUAUCUGUCCAUAGUGUAUGGGUGUGUAUCUUUUGGUCUGACGCACCAAUUCUGGGAGUCAGCUUGUAUUUUUUGGCUUUGUGCCUGCGUACAUGCUGCUGCUGCUCAUGAUAUCCCAACUCAAAAAGUGGUACUCCCUCGGUGAAGCCUGCUACCUCUGUUCCAAAAAUGUAAACAUUAUACCUCCGUUCCAAGAAAAUAAACAU